AUGGGUAACACAGAAAACCCCUCUUUCAAGAGCACCCCUCCCAGUGAAAAUAGCCCUAGAGAACUGGGUAUCACUGCAUUGAGCGAGGAGAAUAUUUGCCAGUCUUCGCAGCAAAAUACUUCUCAACGUGAGACAAUUGAACUUUUGGUCGCAUAUGUCAAGGAGUUGGAUGAGCGAACCAAAAAAAUCGAAAAUGGCUUCAUAGAGUAUGCAGCGUACAACGCUGGGGUACAGAUAGUAAUGGAACAGCUGCGCGAUGAGGUUCAUGGCUUGAAAGAGAGAGAAUUCGGCCAAUCACGUUUCAGUCCAGAACGCUCAACCGAAACGGAAGAGGAAGAGAGUGAGGAAUUCUUGAAAGACAACAUUAUGGGUACUUCUUUCAACAGCUAG